AUAGUUUCUGAACAAAACUUGAACUGUUAUCAUACUAAAACCUAGCUUAGAACAGGCAGUUGCAUAGCGCUACUACGAAGGUUUACGCAUCUGUUUCUACAGCUAGAUUGCCAUUUAUUACUGACAUGGCGAGGAAGUAUAUAAAAGUGGCACUUAUCGCUAUCAUUGUGGUGGAUCUACUUUACUUAAAACACACAAAAAUAAAAGGAGUUGCCAUGAACAAUCUCUAUUCUGCAGAACCAAUGACUAGAAGAAUUUCUGCAAUAACACAGCGGUUUCCGGCUAUCAUUUCUACCAUGGUGAGUGAAAAGGAAUGGGAAAAAAUAGGUUGUGUCUCUCUCAAGGUGCAUCCAAAUAUAUCCACUCCUAUUUGUAUUUACAAUAUGACAGAAGGGGAUCCCCUUUCAAAUAUGCUGUCUCGAGGAACACUUUGGCAACCACAGCUAGUCAAAGAAAUGAUAGAGAUUUUAAAGAGAGACCCAGAACUCCAACUGAUUGACUUGGGUGCUAACCUUGGAACCUGGACUCUUUCAGCAGCACGACUUGGACGAAAAGUACUGGCGGCAGAAAUGUUUCCUCCGACUGUCAUCCGUUUAUAUAAAAGCAUUAAAAUAGGAAACCUACUGGACCUAGUGACAUUAGUUCCAAAGGCUUUGUCAGAUAUAAAAGAAAAUGUUACCAUUUAUCUCUGUGGAAACAACAAGAUGGGCACCAACAUUGUCAAAAAUGCUAAAGUGAUGCGCAACUGUGGCUUGGCCUCCCCCUAUGUUGCAAAUACAAUAACUAUGGAUGACCUCACUGCCUAUUUGCCAAAUGGACUCAAAAAAGCUUUCAUGAAAAUAGACAUUGAGGAGAUGGAAUUAAGGGUUUUCAACAGAUCAGAACAUUUCCUGAAAACUGUGGACAUUCCUAUUAUUUUAAUGGAAUGGAUGCACUACAGAAGGUCGAUUCAGGAACCAAAAUGCAGCUACUUUAUAUCCUACAUGAGCCGCAUGGGUUAUAUUCCCUUCAGACACCUGGCUGGACCAGAUGGUAAGCUGGGUCCACUGCUGGAAGACAAACACUGGCUUCAAGUAGGAGACCUGUACUUGAUUAAGAAGACAUACUUGGAAUCAAAUUUUGCACACCUUCAGUAAAAACUGAAAACAACAGCUGAAGAAUUUUAUGCAGAGUAAUGUGAUACAUUAAAGCACAGAUGUGUUCAAGUUUAAAAGAAGCUAAAAGAUGGCAUUUUUUUAAUAGAUGAGGUCAGAGAUUUUAUGUCAGAGAUUUUA